ACGCACGUCCUGACCCUGCUGCGCGAGCUCUUCCAGAUGCUCGGGUACCACGAAGGCCUCGACUUUGAGGUCGCCGCUUUCCAAUGCGUCAACGCCGCGGACAUCGGCGGGAAGACGCUCCACGGCGCCUGCGGCCUCAGCAUCGGAGCGACGUGCCUGGAGAAGGAGGCAGGGCGCGACACCGCCAAGCGCGUCGCCUGCUGGCGCUGGCUGAUCAUCGACGAGAUCAGCAUGGUGUGCGCACGCCUGCUCGCCCAAGUGGACCAUCGGCUCCGUGCCCAGCAGCAAGGCCGACCUCCUCAUCGACCACGGGCGGAGCUCAUCCGCGGCCCCGACGACCCUCGACUACAGGAGCCCAAAUUCCGCGGAGCCACGGCCAUCGUGGCCAACAACGACGCCCGGUCGCAGAUCAACAAGGACCGGAUCCGGUGGCUGCAGUAUCACGACCGCGACACCGGCGACCUGUGCGGCGUCCUGCCGCUGGCCGUGGGCAUGCCCGUCGCCUUGACGCAGCACCUGGACAAGCGCAAGUCGCUCCUGCGCGGACGCAUAGGAUACGUCCACUCUUGGCGUUGGGACGAGAACGAUCAGCAGCCACGAGUCGUUUACGUGAAGUUCGAAGGUGCGACCUGGCAGCUGAAGGGCUCCGCCGAGCCGGGGCUGUACCCGGUGGUGCCCGUGCUGCGGCCAUGGUUCUUGGACCGCAACCGGCCGAAGCCG